GGUAACCAUGGCCCGAACGAAGCAAACUCGGCGUAAAAAUAAGAAGCCUACGAAGCAGCUAGCCGAGCCCGCUGUCAAGGAUGGGAGUCCACAGGAGGCGACGUCCGUUGAGGAUACCCUGUCGAAGGCCUUUCCUUAUCCUACCGACUCUCUUGACCAUGCCGAGUCGCCAGCCAAAGCUUACGGCCAUGUGGCACCGAUACUCGAGUUGAUGGCUAAGAAGCUGGGGAAGACUAAAGAGGACUUGAAGAUUUACGACCCUUACUACUGUAAUGGAGCUGUUGUGGACAACUUGAAGGCGUUGGGAUUCAAUAAUGUCUACAACAAAUGCGAGGAUUUCUACUCUGUUGAGACUCCUGACUUCGACGUACUCCUUACCAACCCGCCUUAUAGUGGAGAACAUCCCGAGAAGUUGGCCGAGUUCACGGCUAAGGUGGGGAAGCCUUGGCUGUGGUUGGUUCCUAACUGGUUCUAUAUGAAAGACUACUACAAGAAGCUGAUUGAGCAGCCCGGGCAGUCGGGCAUGUUUUUCGUUGCUCCGAAAAAGCGAUAUGUUUAUCAAACCCCGAAGCACUUGCGGGCGAGCUCCGACGAGGCCAAGACGAGCCCAUUCCCUUCGUUCUGGUUUAUAAAUGGCUGCGACGUUUGCACACCGGUCGAAAUGCAAUCAGCUAUGGCGGACGCUGAGGGAGUCCUCGCAGUGACGGACGUUCAUGACUUGCCGUUAACAUAUUACGAUCAAUACGAUCCUGAGUACAAGCGACAGAGGAAUAUAAUGAAGUCCCAGAAGCGGAAGGCGAAUCACUUAGAAAAGAGCAGCGACCAGGCAUCUUGGGGGAGGAAAGCUAGUGUUCAGCAGGAUAGCAAGAUGUCUAAUAAGAGACAAAAACGUAUGUAG